CAAAAUGCGUGGCCUCCUUGACCUUCCAGUCGAGAUCUUAGAUCAGGUGCUCUCACUGGCACUGACCGAGCCCCAUUCAAGCCAACUAUGCGAUUUCGCGCUCGUCAAUCGAGCAUGGCAUUCCAGAACAACGGUCCAGGUUUACAGCUUAUGGGCCUACAACGGAACACGCCAUUCAUUCAAGCAGUUGUGGCUCUUCCUUCGAACCAUCCUCUCCAACCGUCAUCUCGCAAGCCUAGUGCGAAGAGUACACAUUGGGAAUUGGGGUGUUAAUCCAUAUGCACUUCUUGGCCAUGAAGCCGACUAUUCUCUCCAUGAAGAUGAUAUUAGUCUCACGCGCCAGGCGAUUGACCAGGCCAAGCUUAUCCCUAUCGAGUCUACUAUGAUCUCGGACAUUCGCCAGGGUGACUGCCGACCACUCAUGGCACUUCUCCUUGCGUCGCUACCGAAUCUUCUUGUCAUACGCGCUCAUGUACCGCGGGAUGAUCCGUACCUCACGGCCGUCCUGCAGCGGGCCCUUGUUCAGCCAACCCACGAGCGAGGCACCCCAGGCCCAUUAAGCCAGCUUCGCGACGUAUAUGUCUUUGCCGAGGUUCCGGUUCCUGCUGAAAUCCCUUUAGAAUAUCUUUCAGACAUCCCUGCGGCCCCUCUGCGACUAGACGUGAUAUGGCCUAUGCUUUUCCUACGAUCCAUGCGCAAGCUUCAUUUGUAUGACCUCGAGGCGGACGGCAUAGCCACGUUGAUCCAAAAGCACCAGGAUCACCAGACUAGCUACAUUAAUGACCUGUUGGUCCGGACCCUUAAAGAAUCAAGCUGCCAGCCCGCUGAUCUCAAAGCCCUUAUCCGUCUGCCACGGGCUUUGCUGAAAUUUUCGUUAUUCGUCGAUGAUCAGUGUCCUCACCUGCGGAAGGUUCCUUCCAAGAUCUCAAAUACGGAUAUCUGGGAGGCGCUUCACGAACACCAGAAAGAGGUCCAGUAUCUGGACAUUUUCCGCGCUGGAGACCAAGGACGCAAUAACGAACGCCCUCUAGGACAUCUAAAGUCCCUGCAGGGCUUCACUCGGUUAAGGGAAAUACGCGGUCAGCUCUUGCAUCUCACAGGGGUCGGGACUAACGCCGUCCCCAACGAGGCCAACCCGCUUCUUAAAGACACCCUACCGGGGUCCCUGGAGGCCUUGCGGCUGUAUUGUAACGGAAACAGCACCCGCUCCCGCUCGGCGAUUGCGAAGCAAAUACAAGAGCUCGUGAUGGAGGGCUCUCAUCCGCUUCUUGGCUCGAUCACGUUAGAAGAUGAGGCCUUGACCAAGGCAACUGUGGGAUAUGAGGAUCCUAAUGGGCGCACGGAUGUUGGCCGUCUUCUCCUACAAUCCAGGGUCAGAUUCGAGUCACGCGGCGCCUGUUUGGAACCGAUGACUACCCUACCAGAUUUCUGGUGUCCCGUGCCCCGAGCCGGGCACUGUAUCAACUUCUGGGGUGAUAUGCACGAAGUGAGGCUUGACGGAAACGGACGGUUCUUCAAUAUGACGCAGAGGAUAUCACCAAUCAAUGAGGAGGAAGACGACAUACCCUAUCUCCCAUAUUCGAGGAAAAUCCAUGUUUCGCCAUUCACAACCCACACCGGGGACACGACACGGCCGGGGUACAUGGUGUUCGAAAACUACACCCCCAUUCCGCUGCCUCCACUUCUACUAUUUGUCAUCUACUUCACACAUCCCUAUACGGUUCCUUCCGCAACUGAUCUUCAGGGGCUGUACAAAGCACUUACAGGGUACGAGGAUGAUGUCUACCCUCGACUUGACGUCUACUUUCUUCCGGGGGCGACAGAGAUGGACUGCCUAGCUCACUACGCUGGUGAGCAGAGCGCGCGCGGUAGCUACAAGGCUCAGAUUGCCCGCUUUCAAGAGCUUCGCAGUGGCUCUAGUCUUGGGCUCCCUUCUCCGCCAGCACCGCCGGGCCAAUUACCUGGGAUGAUGCUGAUCGAUGACAAGUAUCCGUCCACCAAGGACAGAGGGAUUCUGUUUAUCUGCACCGAGAAGAAUUGGCGAGAUGGGCAGCAAACUCUGUGCUACGUAAGAUUCCACUCGCCGGAAUUGCUACCUGGGACCAUGGCCACAGGUGAUGCCAGCAGCGGCAAUGGUAAAAGUCACGGAACAGAGACGACAGCUCAGCAGAAUGAACGGGGGCACAGGCAGCCGUUGACGGUUUCGGCCAUACAUAGGGAGCAAAAGUCCAUUAAUCGAGAGAGCCCGGUUUAUGAGGAGGUGGAAGCAGUCGAUCGAUACAUAGCGGAAGUUAGCUAUGAGGCUAAUGACGUCUUGGAGUGGGUCUGGAAAGAGGCCACUUACUAUCGCUGGACCAACUGGGCCUGACGAUCACCGCUGCUUUCCUCACCUGUUGUCCUGCCGUUCCAUUUGCUUAUUUCUGUCCCUUGUUUCUUUCUUUGCGAUUACCUCUCGCUGGUUCCCCGGAGUUUCUUCCCGGUUCUUCCGCAGAGACUUGGGCGGGGUGACAAGGACGGAAAAGAUCUUUACAUUUGAAGCGAAGCUUGCCCCAUGUAUGGUUGAAGGGGUUGUGUCAUGUUUGGAGGUUUCGACAGUGCGGGUAUAUAAUCGACCGAAUGGGAGCCUUCGGCGCAAGAACAAACGGGAAACAGCCCAUCGUCGCGACGAAGCCGUACGCCGGGCACUGUGUCUAUCGUUUAGCGACCUUUGACUACCAAUAUUUCAAGAGAUAAACAAAACAUUUCUUGCAAUUCCACUUAAUUCGUGUCUUUCACCAGACGAAGCUCUGGACUGAGUGAGUACUCAUGAAACGUGUAAGAUUCUAUAAGAUAGAUUAUUACCUUAGUAGGGGGCUCUUGCAAAGUAUAAUAUAACUCUUUAUAAAAAGCUUAAGACUUUAAAUAGAAGGAUAAGAUUUAUUAGUAUUAAGGACUCUAUCUUUAGGC